UCCCUCCCCCAGGUGGUGAUCGAAUCCGCGCACAGAGAGUAUUUCUUCGUCGAGGAUAAUUCGAUUCGUUCGCUCGCUCCUGUUUUUUUUUGUGUUACGUUUCAAAGGAUCAUGAACAACUCGCCGCAGAAUACGGAGGUGGCCGGGCAACAACAUCGUGCCGGCGUUGAGAACAGCGACGAGGAGGAAUGGAGUGGUGUCGUGGAAUGUGCUGUGCUAGAAAGAUCAAAGUCAGAUCGAGUAACACGAGCGGAUGAAGACAGACGUCGUCGUACCAUUAUUGUUGAGAAGAAAAAUGGCACAUACGGUUUCACGUUACAGAGUUAUGGGAUACAUUACAAGCGAGAGCAAGAAAUCGAGAUGGUCACGUAUGUUGAUUACGUGGAAUACGAUGGACCAGCAUUCAAAGCAGGUAUGCGAGAAGGUGACGUGAUACUUUCAAUAAACGGCCACGAAAUGGACAGAGCGGAUCAUAAGACAUUAGUCAAUUUCAUAAAAAACUGUGAUACUAGAAUGCGAAUGGUUGUGUCUUUCGAAGAUUGUGUAAGAAAAGUGGAAUUGCAUAUGCGUUAUAUUGAAUUACAACGUGCUCUACAAUCACGCCUUGGUGAGCUAGAAAGACUCUGUGAGAGGGAACGAUCUAUUCUCAUGGGUCGAUGGAAAACCCAUUCACUGCCAGCCCGUAAAAGAACGCCUAAUAGUGUAAUUACUAGUAACGCUAAUCAGCCAUCACCAUCGUCAAGUUUCAAUUCUUCUACAAUUCAAUGCUGUCGACCGGCUACAUCUACGGAACAUCUGUUAUUUUACAAUGUGUUUCCAGAUGGACGACCAUGUUUAGUUCCUCGAAACACUGCUUGUCUAGUAACAGUAGGGCCUCCCCGUUCACGAAGCGAUCAUCAUCAUUUUCUCUCGAAGAUGUCGAGCGAAUCAGGAAUGACUGUUUCGUCACGACAUAGCUAUCAUCAAGCAAACGGGAUGAAUAGCACACCGGCCAAAUCGAAAUCGCACAAAUCUUGUCAACAACAGCAACAACAAUCUAGUAGUGGUGGAGAUCCACUUCCUCUUCAUCCUCCUCCGCAAAAUAGUUUAUGCGUUGCUUGUAUUUCAAGCGCCAGUCGUCGUAGAGAACAAUCAGAUAGCGGUAGUUUAGAUGCAUACGAUUUAGCCAGUCCAUGCUGUGAUCCUAAUUGUGUACCUAGUCGUAGACGUCGAGAAAAACAAAGAAGGGCGAAGAAUGAACAAAAUCAUCAUCAGCAGCAGCAGCAGCAACAACAACAACAACAACAACAACAACAACAACAACAACAACAACAACAACAGCAGCAGCAGCAGCAGCAACAACAAGUUCAGCAUCAUCACGUACAACGAGAACAAUCGAAUCAAACGCAACAGCAACAACAACAUGGCACACAUAGCUGCUCGCGCACAUCAGGACAUAGUUUACAUUCUGUUACCAGUAGCGAUAUUUCGACCGCAGCUGAAAGCGUUGCCUCUUGUUCAACGAGCCUAAGCACGGAUACUCUUUAUUGGGAUCCAAGCGUACAUCAACGACCACCACCGUGCCUUCAAUAUGCCAAACCAAAAUCUUGGGACAAUCUGACUACCAAGGCGUUCGGUGGUUACGGUUUCGGAUAUGGUUAUUUGGAUACGGCUACUAUAAAAACGCAUAGCGCCGAAAGGCCAGGAAAAAAUGCGCAUGGACGAGCGAAAACGCCAACUGGUACUGUUCAAAGACGAACAAGUAGUGGUACAACAUAUUCGGGCAGUUCUAGCAGACACUUUCAGCCAACUAAGUCUACCGAAAGUUUGUUAAUAGCGCCACCAUAUCAAGGCGAGUUAGAUGCUAGUUUGAGCUGUGAAUGUUUAGAUGGGCCAGCUCCACGAUGUAUGCCGGUUAUUCAAGUGGAGAAACACAAUCGACAAGAGGAAGGUGGAUAUAUUAUUAGUACGCACACUCAAAUUCGACAUCGUCGAUCUAGCCAUUCGGAUGGGAAAUUAAGGGCACUAAAUAAUUCUGAAAUGACGCGUCUGUAAAUUAUUCUUUUCAUUGAAAAUUGUAUUCUAAUAAAGAUACUCGUAUAAUUAUUAUAUGUAUCAAGUUCUGGAUGACGACGACGUAUAUAACGUGUAUCGUAUAUAGAACUUGUUCGCAUUUAAAUCUUUAUAUUCAGCUUUAUAUCGUGACAUUAUUAUAUUCUCGUUGAACGAUAAAGGACCAUCGUUUUUGAAACUUUUUGGGACAUAUACGAUUCGUUAUGAUUUUGGUUAACUAAAUUAUCAUUUGACCAACGAAUGGUUUUUUACUAAUAUUUCCGGACAAUAUGAUAAAGGAUAUAUAAAUGUUCAUGGCGCUUUUUAAAUCUUUUUUAAAUUUUUAUGGAUAGUUGAUUAUAUGAUUGGUUAAAAACAGUUGUAAACUGUGAAGAACGUUAAUAGUAUUAUUAUCGUUAUCACGAAAUUAAUAAAUUAUCAAAGCAUAUUAUUUCGAA